UCUCUAGUUCUCUUCCAUCAAUAGAAUCACCCUCCUCCACCAUCUUCUACUUUAUUUAUUCAAACUUUUCAAGUCCUAAUCUAGUAAUCUUCCACCCCUUUUGCCUCAAAUCAACAUGAAGCACCAAAGAAUCCUCACAAUGUUCCUUCCAAAUCUACUAAUACUAGUAACUAUCCUAAUCCAUUCAACAACAUUGACCAUAGCACAAGAAGUUGAGGAUGAAAGUGAGUUUGAUUACAUAAAAGAGAGCAAAAAGGGUCCUUCACGUUGGGGAGAACUGAAAAAAGAAUGGGCAUCAUGUAAAAAUGGGAAAUUGCAAUCUCCAAUUGAUUUGUCAAGCCAUAGAGUGAGGAUUGUGACAAACUUAGGAAAGCUAAAGAAAUACUACAAGCCACAAAAUGCUACUAUCAAAAACAGAGGUCAUGAUAUUGAGGUGAAAUGGGAGGGAGAUGCAGGAUCAAUAAAUAUCAAUGGCACAGAGUUUUUUCUUCAUCAAUGCCACUGGCACUCACCUUCUGAACACACCAUCAAUGGCAGGAGAUAUGAUAUGGAGCUACACAUGGUUCAUGAAAGCCCAAAAAUAAACGGGAAGAGCAAGAUAGCUGUUAUUGGGCUUUUAUAUAAGAUUGGUCGACCUGAUCCUGUUCUUACCAAGUUAUCAAAAUACAUAAAAAGCAUGAUAGAUAAUGAAGCAGAAAGGAGCAUUGGGGUGAUUGAUCCAUCAGAUAUCAAGUUUGGUAGCAAGAAGUACUACAGAUAUAGAGGCUCCCUCACUGUCCCUCCUUGCACUGAAGGUGUCAUUUGGACUAUUAAUAAAAAGAUAAGAAGAGUGUCAAGAGACCAAAUGGAGUUACUAAGAGAGGCUGUCCACGAUCAUGCAGAGAAGAAUGCCAGACCUGUACAAUUCCUGAAUAGAAGAGAAAUACAACUCUAUGGCCCAAAAAGGAAGGAAUGAAUUUUACCAUGUCAUUUUUUUGCAGCAAUAUGAUGAUAUACAAUUUUUUAUUUCCUUGUUCCUAUAGAUAGUCUUGUUAUAUUUCAAGCAUAUUGUUUUAUGAUAUAUAUUCUCCUUUUUCCACAUUCAUUUUGUAUACUAAUGUUGGUUCGAUUAGAAGCACAUAUAUGAUUACAAUUACUUCUAAGGUUAUUUUGUCUCCCUUUAUUAAGUAAAUGUUAGUAAUUUUAACAGUUA